UUUAAAAUAACGAAGUUACGCAAUGAAAUCAGUGCGAACGACCACACAUUUGCACAGAAGGUCGCUGAAAUCCGCGUUUCUGCAGAUUUAGGGGCCGCUUAUGUCGACCCCGCCUGGAGAAACUGUCGAACCUUCGAAAUAAGAGCUCCGUGGUUUCCGCGCGUGCCGUUGCUACAAAAACAGUUAGCUUCACCGGGACGCAUCAGCUCCUCUGGUAACCCCGGAGUUAUUUCAAACACAUCUGAUGUGGGUUAUAUGUGAUGGGGAAACCAUAUUAACUACGGCUAACCAGUAGCCAGCUGUUAGAGGUCACUCUAACUAAUUUACGGUGUAGCUGCUAGCGUUAGCAUGAACCGUCGGCCUGUUCAGGAAGCAGGCGCGAGCUUUUAUUUUCCAAAAUGACUUCUUGGUGUCAGCAGUGAGGCUGCAGAUCCCUGCUCCCCAUCAGGAUGUUUUCCUGAUGUUUCUGCUCUGUUUAAAGAUGAUUUCCGUCUUCAGCAGGGAAAUCUACAAGUUAAAGAGGAGGGGAAACUAACUGGUUACCAAACUGCGCUCAACACCACUGACUGCGAUGGCUCACCUCGCCAACCAUGGCAGGCUGCUCCUGCAGCGCCUCCAUCAGCAGCGAGAGAUGGACUUCCUGUGUGACAUCACCAUCAUGGUAAAAGACGUGGAGUUCCGAGCUCACCGCAACAUCCUUGCUGCCUUCAGCAACUUUUUUUCUGGCCAGGCUGAGAAAGGCGAAGAAGUCACAAUUUUAGACCCUGAGAAGGUCAGCAGGUACUCUCUGGAGAAGCUCCUGGAGUUCGUCUACACCGGCCAGAUGAAUCUCAGCAGCACCAGGCAGGCCGCCGUGCGUCGGGCUGCUGUGUUCCUGGGAAUGUCCGAGGCCAUCAAGUACCUGGAGGAGGUCCUUCACUGGUCCGAGCUAGGUGAGUCCCAGUCAGAGCUGGACAAGGAGGCUGGAGCGUCGCCCCCGAGCCCCAGCAGCCCCAGCUCUCCCCUCCCUCUGUCUAUCGCCUCUGGCAUUGGGGAGUGGCACAGCGAGGAGCAGGAAGGGAAGGACCAGGACUACGAGCCCGGAGAGGAAGACUUUGACUUUGAAGAGAGGAGUGAUGAAGAGAUCACGCCCGCAGCGCAGAAGGGUGUCGGCCAUCGAGGGACAGGCAGGAAGAGGGGCCGCAGGCCGAAGAGCUUCAGCGAAGAGCAGGUUGAGCAGAGCGGCUCGUCCGACAUGCCCAAAAUUCAGAGCUACAGGGGGAGGGGCAGACCCAGAGGGAGGGGCCGAGGACGAGGAAGAGGAGCGUCCACCAUGUCUGCAUCUGAUGAUCUGUUCGAGGUGGAUUCUGACACAAGCCUGAAGGACUUUGGAGACACUUCUGCAGACUGGAGCCCCUCCCAGGACGACGAGUCUCCUACCAAGAAGCCUCGGCUGAGCUUCGGAGACGGGAGGAGGGGGCGGGGUAGGGGGAGAGGACGGGGGAGAGGCAGGGGCCGCCCCAGGAGGAGGAUAAAGGAGGAGGAGGAAGAAGAAGAAGUUGGGAUCUUGGGGGCUGAGGAUGACGAGGAGGAGGAGGAGCAGGGGGAGGUCCAGGAAGGGGAGAUGGGGGAGACGCUGUCCUGCUGUGAGUGCAACAAACUCUUCAAAGACGUGAGCAGCCUGCGGCGCCACGAGAAGAUCCACAAGGGUCUGAAACCGUUCUCCUGCAUCUUCUGCUCCAAGACCUUCAGACAGGCCACGCAGCUGAAGACGCACCUGAGGAUCCACACAGGUGAGAAGCCCUUCAGCUGCAGCAGCUGUGACAAGUGUUUCGCUCAGAAGUGUCAGCUGGUGGCUCACCGCCGGAUGCACCACGGCGAGGAGAAGCCGUACACCUGCGAGCGCUGCGGCUUCAAGUUCGCCACGUCUUCCAACUACAAAAUACACAUCAGACUCCACAGCGGGGAGAAACCGUACGUCUGCGACAUCUGCGGUCAGGCCUUCGCUCAGUCCAGCACGCUGACCUACCACAAGCGCCGGCACACCGGCGAGAAGCCGUACCAGUGCGAUCUGUGUGGGAUGUCGUUCUCCGUCUCCUCCUCCCUCAUCGCCCACGCCAGGAAACACACAGGAGAGACUCCGUACAGAUGCUCUCAAUCCAAGUGUGACGCCAAGUUUGUGACGUCGUCAGAGCUGAAGAAGCACAUGAGGCGACUCCAUCCAGAUGGGAACUCUGGAGUUCAGUGUCUGCUGUGUGGGAACCGCUUCGCCAGCGUGAAGAACAUGAUCAAACACCAGGAGAAGGCUCACGCCGAUGAAGUUCGACAGCACAAGGAGCGGGCGCGAGCCGUUGUACUUCUGGCCUCCAGCCACCCGAUGGCGUUUGUUCAGAGUAAACUCUCCCAGGAGAACAAGUCUCUGGACUCCAUCUCCGAGGCCGAGCCACCCAACCCGGAACCUUCCACCCCCGCACCCAAAGCCGCCGCGCCAUCCACCACCCCCUCAGAUGCCGCCGCCGUCUCUUCCAAAUCCACCACCGCCGCCUCCCUCAUCCAGGACUUCAAGGCGGAGCCUGCCCACGACCCGCUGGCCUCCACUGAGCCAGUGACCUUUGAACCCGACCAGGAGCAGACCAUCAACUCGGACACGCUGCACGCCCUGGUGGAGCAGUUGAGGCCCGCGGCGUCACCUGCCGCCAGCCUGGAGCAGAUUGUCAUCAUCAGGACGGUGGACACUGCUGAGAACACGCCCCCUCAGCAGUGAGCGGGGUCAGGGGUCACCCAGAAAGGAGGGGCUCCUCCAUUCCAAACUUGUGUUUGGAAUAAAAACAAAAGUUGGCUUUAAUCCGGAAGCGGGGCUGGAAUUCUCUUUGUUCUUCCGUCUCGACCGGAACAGUUUGGGUUUUAGACGUGACCAAAAGUAAAAGUCACAACAUCACCGUAUCACACACACACACACACACACACACACACACACACACACACACACACACACACACACACACACACACAGGUUUCUGCCUCCUCUUUACUCUAUUUAGUUUUUCAGAUGCAAACAUUUAGUUUUAAUGUUUGAGCUCCAAAAUAAACGUAUUCAAAUAUCUUGAAGCUUUAUUUUUGUCACGGAUUCAGACAAAUCUUUAUGAAUGGACUUUUGUUCACCAGGAUUAAAGUGAAAUAGGAUUAACAUCUUUUUUAACGCUGGAAUUAUUAAACGUUUUAGUUCACCUGCUGCUGAGCAGGACGCUUUAGAUUAUGAGUUUUUGACAAAUUAAAACUCAGAAACUUCUGAUAAAAGCAGAAUUUUUCUUUUAUUUUGUUAUUUUUACUUUCAGGAUUUAUGAAUAAAACCUUUUGAUGAUAAGAUUUGAUUUAAAAUCCCCAAAGAGACGAGUUUCCUAAUCUAAAUGCUAAAUGGUAAAUGGCCUGUAUUUGAUAUAGCGCCUUCUAGAGUCCUGGAACCCCCCAAGGCGCUUUACAACACAAUCAAUCAUUCACCCAUUCACACACACAUUCAAACACUGGUGGGGAUGAGCUACAAUGUAGCCACAGCUGCCCUGGGGCACACUGAUAGAGGUGAGGCUGCCGAGCACUGGCGCCACCGGUCCCUCCGACCACCACCAGCAGGCAACGUGGGUUAAGUGUCUUGCCCAAGGACACAACGACAGCGACAGACUGAGCGGGUCUCGAACCUGCGACCUUCCGAUUGCGAGGCCUUAACUCCUGUGCCACCGUCGCCCCAUCUAAACGUGUAAAUAAUCCGAGAGACUUCAGAUGUUUCCAGAUUAUUAAUCCUGAAUUUAAACUAAUCAGCUGCAGAAACUAACGUGACAUCCUGGUUAUUUAAUCUGAUGCACCGCUCUGGCUUAAGUAUUAAAACUCCUCAUGGGUGCAUUUAUUCGUGUUUCUGAUAUUAAUCUGAAUAAAACGUUAUUUUUAAACACGUCUGAUUUAUGCAGUUUAAGAAUAAAUUAAAUCUUGUUUCAGGAACAGAGUCUUUAGUUUUUCUAAUCUUUAUGUGUUUUAAUAGUUGAAACUUUUCCUCUAGUGAGUUUUUAUUGUUUACUUUUAGUGAAAGUGUCACGUUGAGUCUGUUAAUCUGUCGAUGCUUUAGCAGUUUUUAUUAUUUAGAAGGUUAAAUGAAGCAUUCCUGUUGUUUUUAUGAACUUGCAUCUCUUGUACAGUUGUGAGAAUUAUAUCUGAACAGGUUGCUGUAUAAAAACAUUCAGACAAAAUAAAGCAAAAAGGGACAAAAA